UUAAAUAUUCUUUACAUAUUCAGUCUAAAUCUCUAAAUUACCCCCUUGAGAUGAAAUGAAAAGUGGGAGAGAUCAUGUCGUGAUAUUUCGCUCGAAUUCACGCGUUGAUGUCUUCCCGUUGCUAAUUCCAUAAAGUGAAGGUAUUAUAUAUGUACAUCUCUCUCAUUCGAUCAAAUAAAUAAAGGUAUACCGAUCAACACCAUAGGCCUUUCUACUCGGCUUCUGUUCUUUCACAUGGCGUCCGAUUCAGAGAAGGAUGCUUCCGAAGGGCUUGGAGGUGCUCGGAACACAGGCGAGAAAGAUCAUAAACCUGGAAGUUCUAGGAAAUUAACUGAAGCUGAGAGAAAAAGGAAACAAGAAUGCCAGAGGGAAUCCAAUGCUAGAAAGAAGCAAAGGAUUAAAAGCACAGAGGAAGAGGUGGAAACUCUCAAAGAACAGCUUGCCUACUACAAAGGGCAGGCAGAUGCCUACUACAAAGGCAUCCAGGAACUUGGAAAAGUUGUUAACAGCGUUGGAGAAGUUGGAAAAAAACAAACUGCUCAAAUUGACAAGCUUUGCGAGCUAAUUAUCGGAGAGCAGAAACACUCUGCAGGUAGAAGGGAGUGUCGGGGAAGCACAUCUUCCAGCACAGAGGUGCUAGAAGGGGCUCCUAACCAGCUGGAGAAAGUUGCCACAGAAGCACGCCACGCAAAGGAGAUGGCUGCCAUAAAAGCACACCAUGCCCAGGAGAUGGCUGCCAAAGAAGCACACCAUGCUCAGGAGAUGGCUGCAGUCAGGGCAGAGUACGGCCUAGACGUGGAGACCGACAUAUUGCAGGCGCUUGCAGGAGCCUCACCAGGCUUCGAUUUUGCUGAUCAGUUCGUGAAUUAUAAGUAGAUUUAUUAUGCGGAUAGGGAAAGCAAGGCGUCUAAAGAUUGUUUACGGGUGUUCCGUAAUAUUUCUUGUUUGUGUUAAUUUCUCUAUUUUGAUACUGGAAGAUCUCCGAUACUUUUAUGUGUGCUUAAACUGAAGCUUUUGGACCUAAAA